UCCAGAAUCAUGCGAUGGAUAAAGUCAACUGACCUAACUUUUAAAAGACAUUUAGCACAAGGGAGCAGCGCAACAGUAUUUCUUGGCAGUUUGGACGGUCAAGAAGUUGCCAUAAGGAAGCCGCGUAUUCGUUCCUUGGAGUCUUUAAGGAGGUUUGAGUGGGAAGUUAGCGUGAGAAGGCAACUGUGUCACCCUCGUGUUUUGCCACUCGUUGCAGCGUGUAACGAGGCUCCCAACUAUUGCACAGUUUCUCCAUAUAUGCAAAGAGGGACGUUAUUUGAGUUUAUUCAUGAACAAAAUGUUUGGUUGGCUCUUACAGAAAAGUUGCAAAUAAUCAUACAGUUGGUAGAAGCGGUUGUUUAUUUACACUCGAAAAACCUUGUACAUCGGGAUAUCAAGUCAGAGAAUGUUUUACUUGACACAAACUUAAAUGUUUUUAUUUCAGAUUUGGACUUGUUGAUGGAGGAAAGAAAGAAUGACGUGGAGUUGUUAUCUUUGGCUUCGGAGUAUAGACCUUCAGCUGGACGUCUUAAACAUCAAGUAGGGACUCUUAUUUAUUUAGCUCCAGAGAUAUUAGAGAAUAAGCGACAUUCUUCUGCCUGUGAUGUGUAUUCACUGGGAGUAGUAAUGAAUGAGAUAUUAACUGGUGUGAUACCUUAUGUGGAUAGAAGAAUGGAAAUCCCUCAAGUUCAAACAAUAUUAGAGACAAGAUUCAAUGAAUCCAAGUUGAAAAGAGCCAUAGUAGUUGAAGGCCUAAGACCUGUGCUUGCAUCAUCAGUCGAAAUUCCUUUUGAGUUGCGCGAGUUGAUACAACGAUGUUGGUCUGCAGAUCCUAGUGAACGACCAUGUGCAUCAAAACUGUUAUUCAACCUAAAAGAUAUUGUAGGGCGUUUAGAUAGUUCUUGUAUGGUAUACAGGACUCCAGAAGACGGAGAGAUAAUAGAGACGAAUUCAUCUGAGCGAACCGAUAAAAACAAAUCAACCGUUCUAUUGGAGUCGAACUUAAAGUUUUGUGAAAGUUGCUAUUCUUAUUCUUCCAUUGGUGUUUGUGCUGUUCCGGGACUUCGAGGAGAAGAUAGAAUGGAAGAUAGAUAUUGUAUUUUGAGUCCGUUCCGUUCAUCUGGGGAACAUCUUUUGGCAGUUUUUGAUGGUCAUGGCGGAGAUGAAUGUGCACAAUUUUUGAAACAAUAUUUUGCAGAUACUCUUUCUUCUUUUCUUGACAAAGGAGUUACUCCCGAGGAUGCCUUGAAAUGUACAUUUCAGCAACUUGAUGAUAGAUUUAUUGUAUCACAAAAGUCAUAUGCAACUGGAAGCACAGCUCUGGUAUUAUAUUUUGCUCCGAAUGGCGUAUUAUUUGUUGCAAAUGCUGGAGACAGUCUAGCAGUUUUGGGAAGCAGUUCUGUUGCUCCUUUUAUAUUGAAUAGACAACAUUCAAUCCAUUUAUGUGAUGAUGAAAAAACUCGAAUAGAGCUAAAAGGUGGCACAGUGAUUCCAAUUACAAUUUCUAACGAGACUUUUUACAGAAUUGAAGGCCAAGUGUCCUUAACGAGAGCUUUUGGAGACUCUCAUUUGAAGCAAUUUUUAACGAGUGAACCCGAAUUGACUAGAAUAGAUAAGGCCGAUUGGAUUUUCUAUGAUUGGAUUAUUUUAGCAACAGAUGGAUUGUGGGAUGUACUAAGUCCAGAAGAUGUAACUCAUAUUAUGAGAAAGACCGUGUCAAAGGGAGAUUUGGUAACGAAACGUCUCUGAUCGCCAUAUUUUUGAAACAACUU